UUCAUUACAGCGGAAGUACUGACAAUAUAAGCAGAAAUGGAAAUUGUUGAUGUCGAAAAAAAUCUCAAUGAGGAGCUCAUAAGUUACUUCAGAGGGAUGAAGGACGGAUUUGUGCAAGUGGGCGAUAAAAAAUGGUUCUACCCGAAAAAAUACAGACAGCUAGCUGAAGCAUUCAAGGGUUUCGAGGUGAGAUCUGACGAUAUAUGGAUCACUGGAUAUCCGAGAUCAGGGACCACACUUACAGAAGAAAUCGCUUGGCUACUCAGUCAUGAUUUGGAUUUUGAAGAAACAAGAAGAGUCGGUGUACAUAAGCGUGUCCGGUUUUUCGAGGGAAGUUUGGUGAUAAAUGAGAAGUCGAUGCAGGAAAUAUUAUCAAAAUUUCCUGGAGAAGUCAGCGCUUUCCAAAGUAUGUUGAACACUCUGGAUGAACUCAAGAACCGAAAGGAUAGGAGGGUUAUAAAGACCCAUCUACCAUUUGAACUCCUACCAAAAGAUCUCUUGACGAAAGGAUGCAAAGUAAUUUAUAUAUGUCGAAAUCCUAAGGAUGUAAGCGUGUCUCAUUUUCAUCUCCAGUCAUCUGCCCGCCAUAUCAAAUUUUGCGGCAAUUUCCCGAAAUAUUGGGAAUAUUUUCGUAAUGGAAAUUGUAUGUUUGGACCAUAUUUCGAACAUGUUAGACAAGGAUAUGAAAAAAUUGGUUCCAAGAACUUUAUGUUCGCAUUCUAUGAAGAUUUUAAGAAGGACAGAAGGGCUUACAUAAGUGAUUUAUCCCAUUUCCUCGAAUUUCCCAUUUCCGAAGAACAACUGGAUAAACUGGAGGAAUAUAUGGAUAUCGAAAAUUUCCGAAAAGUUGCGAGAGUUCCAAUGAAAGAUGAAAAUAAUCAGACCAUCAGUUUCAUUCGAAACGGAAAGGUUGGAGGUUGGAGAGAUCAUUUCACAGAGGAGAUGAUAAACGAUGCUGAUGAGUGGAUUCAGAUGAACAUCGAGAAAAUAGGUAUUAGAUAUCCCCAACAAGAAGGAUGA